UUAAGCAGCCGCCUUCCCCCCCCCUGAAUCUGAAAUAUCAUCACCCGCACCCUCGUCCUUCUAUUCCCAUUCCUAUUCCAAUUUCCAAGACGAGAUGGGCCUGGUUCUUGGAAAGAUCACCGUGGAGACGCCCAAGCACGAAGUCCUCCACUCCUGUCCCGAUUACGAGAUCAGGAAGUACUCCCCCUCCGUGGUCGCCGAGGUCACCUACGACCCCUCGCAGCUCCGCGGCGACCGCGACGGCGGCUUCAUGAUCCUCGCCAACUACAUCGGCGCCCUCGGCCAGCCACAGAACGCCAAGCCCGAGAAGAUCGCCAUGACCGCGCCCGUCAUCACCAAAUCUCCCUCCCAGUCCGAGAAGAUCGCCAUGACCGCCCCCGUCAUCACGAGCGGCGAUAACAAAGCGACGACGAUGCAGUUCGUGCUGCCGGCCAAGUACAAGACAGCGGAAGAGGCACCGAAGCCGUUGGAUGAGAGGAUGGUGAUAAAGGCGGAGGGGGAGAGGAAGUAUGGGGUAGCGAGGUUUAGUGGGGUGGCGACGGAUAAGGUGGUGGAGGAGAGGGUGGAGAAGCUCAGGAGGAGCCUGGAGAGAGAUGGGUACAAGGUGGCGGGGGACUUUCUUCUGGCAAGGUAUAACCCGCCAUGGACGUUGCCUCCUCUCAGGACCAACGAAGUAAUGCUUCCUGUUGAAUGAACCGCUUCUCUUCUUCGUGGAUGUUAGUCUCGGCGCAUCCGUGCUUGUAAUAACAGAAGCAUGGUUUGGCGUUCUAGUUUAUAUAAUUUAUUUGUUACAAAUCCAGAGGUUUUAGAUUAAAUAUCCCAAUGAAGUUUAUUAUGUUUAUCUGGAAAUCAAUACAAGACUAAAAGAGAAGCUAAUCAA